AUGUUGUCCAGAGAAGUUGUGAAUACCCCGUUUUUGGAAGUGUUCAGGGUUGAAUAUGUCACUGAACAAUCUGGUCUUGUGGAAGGUGUCCCGGCCCAUGGCACACUCAGGUCUGGAGAUCAUGGAAACCUGCCUGCUGACUUAGUGUCUUCUGUCACAUUCCUUUUAGGUCAACAUGAUUUUGAUUUAGCUGAUGCCCUUGAUCACCCUGAUGACAUAAUUACCAGGAAGCCUACAGUGAUCCGAAGACCAACAAGACCUGUGUUCAACAAUGACCUACAUUUAGGAGAUGCUCUUGGUGGGGGUGACAUCUCAAGAAAACCUUUAUACCCACCUCUUCCACCACGCCCAGGAACUUAUGGCAAUUCUGGAGGUUUUGAUGACUCAGAUCUCCUUGAUGGAAAGCCUUUACCACCAGGAGAAGAGGAGCAUCAUUUCAAUCAUGGAGGCAACACAGAUUCGGGUUUAAUAGCUGGAGUUACAUCUCCUGUAAUUUCUGCUUUUGUGAUACUGGUUGUUGGAUCAAUAGCAGCCUACACUGCUUACAAGAAUAAGAAACUUUGUUUCAAACCACGUGGUGGGGCUGCAGUGUAAACCAUUGAAAGAAGAGUUGCUGUCUGAUCACAGGCUCCUUUGGUUGGUGACAUUCUACACUGCCAUUCUGACAGAAG